CUGUGUAUUUUAAAAUGACAAUAAAAAUGCAUUUGCUAACUAUGAGAAGCAUUUGCUACAGCUGAAGUUGUUUCCCAAUACUGUGAUUUUAAGUGGAAUGAUAAAAGCGUGCUUAUUCUGUUAAGUAACACAAACUCAUUAUUAAUUGCUUACUUAUUGGCCAGGCCUCUUAAAUCUUUAAUGUGGUGCAGCAUUUCACUGCUUACCUGUCGUUCACUGCUUACCUGUCGUAAGGAGCAGCAGCAACAGCAGACCUUUCGGAUCAGAUGGACAGAAAGUAGCAUCUCAAUGGCUGCAUUUAUUCUUCUGACUUUACAAAUGUUCAUUGAAACUGCAACAACACAGGUUGAUAGUUCUGGCACUAGUCCAAGUAUGAAAUAUGCCGUUACUAUGUCUUCUGCUUCUGAAAGUGGUUAUAGCUCAUCUGUCAGCCGAAUGCAGAUUACUACCGAAACUACUCCAGGACCACCACUGAACAUAGCUGGAGAUAAAGUUGGAUCGACUGGGCUUCUAUUGUCUUGGACUCCACCCAUUAAUACCAAUGGAAGAAUUUUGUCUUAUGUAAUUAAAUACAGAGAGAUUUGUCCAUGGCCUCAACCUAGUUAUUCUCAAGUUUCAACAGAUUCAGAUAGUGCAGACUUUCUUCUCAACGCUUUAAAUCCUGGAACAAGCUAUGAGAUUCUUGUUGCUGCAAAAAACAGAGCUGGGAUAGGAACAUUUAGUGAAAGCUCCUUGUUUGAAACUCAUGAAAGUGCUCCUGGGCAGGUAAAUAAUCUUAAAGCAACUGCACUGAAUCAUACAACUGUAGAACUGGUCUGGUUUUUGCCACAAAGACUCAAUGGAAGAAUUUCACUUUUCCGGAUUAAUGUACGAAAUGCAAAAUAUGGACAUACUGUAAAGAAUGUCACUGUUGCAGCAGAUGAUGUCAUCAGUGAAAAAUUGCCACACUGUACUGUUGAUCAAAGUUCACAUUUAUGGAGCCCCAAUAGCCUUUCAACACCUAUUGCAUCGAGUGCUUCACCAACAAUUUUUGAUAUACAGAAUUCAUCAGAGUCGACAUCAGUUAAGUCUGCCUGGACAGAGCCUAUAACUUACAUAGUGGAUGAGCUGAAGCCAUUUACUACUUACCUCUUUGAAGUAAUUGCAUUUACCAGUGAAGAAGGGCUGAUGGCAAGCUAUAUGCUAAGAACUCCGGAAUCAGCUCCGCAAGAUCCACCUAGGAACAUUUUAGUGGCCAACAUCACAACCAAAUCAUUUUUACUCACUUGGGAAUCACCAGCUAUUUUAACAGGAAGAUUCACUUAUAAAAUUGAAUUAUAUGGACCUGGAGGUUUGGUAUUGGAUAACAGUACUAAAGAUACAAGGUUCUCAUUUACUAAUCUGGAAGCAUUUACAACAUAUGGAGUCUCCAUCAGUGCUGAGACAAUUGAAGGAGCUGGACCAAAAUCCAACAUUACUGUUGUUACUCUUGCAGAUGUUCCAAGUGCAGUUGUUGACCUGCAAGUGACAGAAAUAAGUGCCACAUCUCUGACACUACAAUGGAGUAAACCCAAACAACCAAAUGGACUCCUCACACAAUACAAGCUUCAAGUCUUUCUAAAGAAAAGUGGCAACAUUGUGCAAAACAUAAUUCUCACAGGAAAGAUAAAGGAUACAGGUAAUUCAACAGGAACAGCUAUGUUAAAUAAAAGUUCAGAAAAUGUGACUGCAGUACAGGCUUAUACUUAUAAAGGCUCAACUGAAAUGGCAGUUACAUCCCAGACUAUCCCAUCAUUGUCUUCGUCUAGCCUGCCGUUCACCGGGGGACGUAUGCAGGGUGCUGUUACCGAAUCUUACUCCAUGUCUGAUGGAUCUAGCAUGACAUUAUCUUCUAGUGUGCUGACAUCAUUUCAAACAUUUGCACCCAAAGCAUCUGUAACCUUUCGUUUGAAUGACAAUGUUCAGACUCAGUCCUUCUUAGGCUUUACAAGUGAACAAUCAACUGCUUUAAAUGAAAAUGCCACAAAGGAAACAAUGAGCUCUUCAACACCUGUUCAACAUUCUACUGAACCUUACACAACCCUAUGGACCGACAUUUGGAAAGGCAGAUCAUACACUACAACUAGCAUGCCAAAUGGAAUGCUAAGUCCCUCCCUGCUGACUUCUUCAAUGAAAACUCCAGCAAACAACUCUUCAAAUACCACUGAAGUGGCUAAAACAAUUUACUACAUUACUGAUGUACAGGCUGAAAGUAUAUCAUAUGAGGUGAAGGAUUUGAUACCAUUUACUGAAUAUAUCAUCAAAAUAUCAGCUUUAACUCAUGUUGGAGAGGGGCCACCUUUAACAGUUGCAGUGAAAACAAGCGAGCAAGUUCCAAGUUCUGUGCGAAAUGUAAGUUAUCAAAAUGUGACAUCUACUUCUGUCCUGCUUUCCUGGAUUCCACCUGUCAACCCUAAUGGCCAGAUUACUCACUACACAGUUUAUGCUUUGGAGAUGGACACAAACAAUACGUUCAUAAAGGUUGCAAAUGGAACAACAAUUAAUUUAACAGGCUUGAGAAAGUACACAUAUUAUAAAAUAAGAGUAUCUGCCUCUACAGCUGUGGGAGAAAGUGUUCUUUCAGGAAAAGAUAAUAUUUUUAUGCGAACUCUUGAUGAUGCUCCCAGCUCACCUCCAAGGUCAUUGUUGUUGAGGCAGCAAUCUCCAGUCAGUGUUAAGCUAUCUUGGAAAGCACCAAUCGAACCAAAUGGAAUUAUUCUUUAUUACACCAUAUAUUUUGGGACUACACCACUGCCAUUGCCAUUUGUUAACACAACUGAAACAUCAGUUUUAUUGGAAAAAUUAGAAAACAACAGUGAAUAUUACUGCUACAUUACUGCAAGCACACGCUUUGGUGAUGGGAGUAUGAAAAGUGAAACUAUUAAGUUUAAGACUUCAGAGGGAUAUGAAGUGUCUGUUAAUGUUGUCAGUGUAAGGCAGAUUGGACACACGAGUCCUGCUUUGGACACAAAUAUUCUGUUAUGCUUCACUGAGAUUCUUCAACGUGAGUCAUCAUGGCUACAGACGGAGAGGAAUGUUACAGGCCCAUUUGAUGAAAAUGGCAUUUUGUCAGCCUCGUUAACAAAUCUGGCUGCAUUCAGCUAUUAUGGUCUGUGGAUAACUGCAAGCACAGCAUUAGGGGAUGGAAACCAAACCAGUGAUUUAGUAGAAAUAUACACUGAUGAAGAUGCUCCAGAAACACCACCCAUUAUUAAAAACUACAGAAAUCUUACAGCUACUUCUGUUUUAUUGUCAUGGAAACCUCCACUGAAGCCAAAUGGCAUUGUAACAUCAUAUGAGUUACAUCUGUAUGGGACAGAAAUUAAAAUGGUUUAUCACACAACCAAUGACACUAUAAUCUUAAAAAAUCUCUUACCAUUCAAGCAAUACAAUAUUUCCUUGUCUGCAUGGACAAAAAUAGGCUUGAGUCCUGCUGCUACCUUUGUCUUUCACACAGAUGAAUCAGCACCAGAAACCCCACCUGUUAUUAAAGAAUACAGAAAUCUUACUGCUACAUCAGUUUUGUUGUCUUGGAAACCCCCUUUGAAGCCAAAUGGUAUUAUAACAACAUAUGAGUUAGAACUCUAUGAGAUGGAAAAUAAAACUGUUUAUAAUACAACCAAUGAUACAAUAAUCUUAGAAAACCUCUUGCCAUUCAAACAGUAUACUAUUUAUUUGUCUGCAUGGACCAAAAAAGGCUUAAGCCCUGUGGCUUCUUUAGUGUUUCACACAGAUGAAUCAGUUCCAGAUAUUGUCCAAAACUUUCGUUGUGAUGCAGCAAGCUGGGAGUCCAUCCAGGUGCUGUGGGACCCACCCUCCAGGCCAAAUGGAGUUAUAAUUUAUUACAUAUUAUCAUAUGGAGGGCAUGCAACCAAACUUUUUUCCAGUGAUAAUGUACACAUUUUCACAGACUUGGAAACCAAUACUACUUAUGAAUUUCGUAUAAAAGCUGCUACCUCUGCUGGUGAAGGAAAGGAUAAAGUUUGCAUUGCUCAGACACUCCCUGAAGCAGCUCCUGGUGCUCCCAGUCUCUUAAACAUUACUGGUAUCCAGGCCACAAGUAUAACACUUCGAUGGAGCAGACCAGCCAAUGUUCCAGGACACCUACAGAAUUACAGAAUUACCAUAGAGUUGCUGUCCCUUUCCUGCACAGGCUGGGACAUGGAAGCCUGUACAGAGUCACGGAAUUUAACAGUCAUAUUCAAGAUGGAUGAUAUAGUGGAGGAAACAGUGGGAAACCUCAAAAUGUUUCGUUGGUAUCGCUUUAGAGUUGCUGCUAGUACAAAAGCUGGUUAUGGCCAACCUUCUUCAUGGACUGCUGCUCAAACACUGCCUGGCCCUCCAGAGUCUCCCCCUCAAAAUGUAGUGGUAACAGCAGCCUCUUAUCACAACAUUACUGUCACGUGGAAUGAACCUGCCAUAAUUACUGGACCAACGGCCUACUUCAUUAAUGUUGCCAUGGUUGGCAAUGCAAGCAACUAUAAAACACUCAUGGUUUUAGCCAAUGAAAACAGAAGUGUUGUGUUUUCUGAUCUGAAACCAUUUACAAGCUACAUUGUAACGGUGACUGCGUUUGUAGGAGAUGAGAAGACAGCACAAAUCUAUGGGAAAACUAGCACCCCUGUCACUGUUACAACACUAGAAACUUUGCCAACUGAUCCUCCUAGCAAUUUAACAUUCCAAAAGAUACAAGAUGAAGUAACAAAGUUCCAAGUUACUUUUUUGCCACCAUCUGAACCAAACGGAAAAAUUCAUGUGUACCAGGCAGCAAUCUUCAAGGAAGAAAAUCCAGAAGAGGUUAUGAUCCAGAACAUCAGCGUAACUGAAACUACAAAUAAGUCCAUUACUGCCAUGAUUAAAGGCCUGAAAGGAGGAAAUACAUACAAUAUAAGUGUUUAUGCAGUGAACGGAGCUGGGUCUGGACCAAGGACUAUGUUAAGAAUAACUAUGGAUAUUUUGGCACCACCUUUUCCUGAUAAAAAGCCCAGUCCAGCCUAUGAUAAGAGUGGAGCUCUGCUUGUUACAGCUACAACAAUUUCUGUUCCAAUGCCUUUAUGCUUCUUUUCUGACAACCAUGGACCAAUUAAAACAAUACAGAUUAUUGUUUCAGAAUUAGGAGGCUUACAGGAUGGGAAUGUUACAAAAUGGUAUGAUGCAAACUUCAAUAAAGCAAGACCAUACUUUGCAAAUGAUGGUUUUUUAAACCCGAUAUGUACAAAAGCCAGAAGAGUAAAACGUGCUGUAGAAAUAUACACAAUAGGUGCUGAAGACACAUGUUUGAAUCCAGGAAAUGAGAACAAAAUCUGCAAUGGUCCUCUCAAACCUAAGAAACAAUAUAUAUUUAAAUUUAGAGCAACCAACAGCAAAGGUCAGUUUACUGAUUCUGCCUAUUCUGAGCCAGUGAAAACCUUAGCUGAAGGCCUGUCGAGCAGAACAGUUGAAAUCAUCCUUCCAGUAACACUUAUUGUGCUGUCCAUUAUCCUCCUCUUAACAGCAAUCUUUGUUUUUACCAGAAUAAGGCAAAAACAGAAAGAAGGAGGCAUGUAUUUGCCACAUAAUGCUGAAAUUACAGACACAAAAUUUAAGCUGAACCAGAUGAUAACAAUGGCAGACUUGGGACUGAAGGAUGAAAGGCUAACUUGGUAUUCCACAUUUUUCUUUAAACGAAAGGAAAUAUUUGUGAUCCAGUUGCUGAGCUACAGAAAAUCACUCAGGCCAGUAAACAAGAAAUACUUUCCGCAGCAUAUAGAAGAGCUUUGUUCAAGCAACAACAUAAAAUUUCAAGAAGAAUUUGCUGCACUUCCAAAAUAUGUUCAAGAUCUUGCUUUUUCUGAUGCUGAUUUGCCUUGGAACCAGUCCAAAAACAGAUUUGCAAAUAUCAAACCUUAUAACAACAACAGAGUGAAGCUAAUCCUUGAUGUUAGCACUCCUGGAUCAGACUAUAUCAAUGCUAGUUAUGUUUCUGGCUACCUAUGUCCAAAUGAAUUUAUUGCUACUCAAGGCCCAUUGCCUGGAACUGUUGGAGAUUUUUGGAGAAUGAUCUUGGAAACAAGAGCCAAAAGCAUAGUCAUGCUUACUCAGUGUUUUGAAAAAGGACGGAUAAGAUGUCACCAGUACUGGCCUGAAGACAAUAAGCCUAUGACAGUGUUUGGAGACAUUGUGAUUACUAAAUUGCAAGAAGAUGCUCAAACUGAUUGGACUGUGCGAGUUCUAAAAACUGAAAGGCAUGGGGAAUACCUUAUGGUACAUCACUUUAACUUUACAUCUUGGCCAGAGCAUGGAGUGCCAGAAAAUACUACGUCCUUAAUUAAUUUUGUAAAGAUGGUUCGUGCUAGUAGAACACAUGACAGUACACCUAUUGUGGUUCAUUGCAGUGCUGGUGUUGGAAGGACAGGAGUGUUCAUUGCACUGGAUAAUUUAAUUCAGCAUCUAAGUGACCAUGACUUUAUUGAUAUCUAUGGAAUCGUUGCUGAAAUGAGACGUGAAAGAAUGUGCAUGGUUCAGAACUUGGUUCAAUAUAUGUUUUUACAUCAAUGCGCACUGGAUCUAUUGACACAUAAGGGAAACAGUAGAUCUACAUGGUUUGUAAAUUAUUCCACACUUCAAAAGAUGGACUCACUGGAUGCCAUGGAAGGAGAUGUUGAGCUAGAAUGGGAAGAGACAACAAUGUGAAGACUACAUUGCUACCUCACAGGGGGAUUUCAACAAAUUCAUUCUUCAGUAGUAUAAUUAUGUUCCAUAAUAUGCAGAAAAUAGAUAUUUUCUGAUUUAAAAAGAAUGCUGACAUAUUUAUACAGGUUUAUUAUUGCUUCAGUUUAAAAAAUAAGUAUACUUUUUUGUCUGCCUACUUGUUUGUUUUUAAAUACAAAUGAUAAGACUGGACACUCUUGUACUUUAAGUGGAAAACACAUUAAAACACUGCUUUCAUUAGAUCUGACACUGUAACUCCCUGUAGUAAACGAAGUGAAGUAAAACAUUUGUUCAGUA